AUGGACCACCGCAAGCUCUCAAACAUCCUCGCGCUAUACCUCUUAAUAAGUCCGUUUCUCCUUGCUGUUGCACUAGAGGAUUUCACCCUCCACCCUCAUGUUGGCCAAAGCCAGGAUGACAAUGCGCUCAAAGUUGAAGAUAUGGAUGAGAUAGAAGGCGAUGAUAUUUCUACGUGGGAAAGCUUAACAAUUGCCUUAAAAGAGCUUGAUCUUGGAGGGAAAAAAUGCACCUCAAAAUUAUGCGGGUUGAGCCUGUACGAUAGUGGGAAAAACGGGGAAAAUGUGUAUAUGAGAGAUAAUGUUUUUAUCCUCAAGCACCAUUAUAUCGACGCCAUUUUGCUCCCGGAAAGAAUUUAACCAAUUGAGCAGGGGACAGAUUCCUUCUUUCCCACCAUUGCCUGCGACCCCGCAUCUACUAAACCUUGC